UAUCACUCACCGGAAGUGAAAAGACGGAAGUUUACAUCUCUGUGGUAACAGCGUCCAUCUUGGCACACUUCGACCAGAAGCGUUCAAUGUAAACAAGUUUGAUAUAGAAAUUUGUAGGCUGUGUUCCACCGACCACAAUGAGUAGAUUGUAUGACACGGUGGAGCCGGCAGUGGUCGACGAAGACAUGCUAAAGAGAGCAGUUGAGGAACAAGGACCAAAGGAUGAAGCAGGAAAAAUCGCCAAGUCAGAAGGAAUUGAUUUUGGAGAUGUGUUAUCCCUGAGACUGGAUUUUUUAAAUGUUUUAAAGAUUGACAAUCUCUGGGAAUUUACAGCAUUAACCAAAUUGCAGCUUGAUAACAAUAUCAUAGAGAAAAUAGAAGGUUUGGAUUGUCUAGUGAACUUAGUGUGGCUAGACUUGUCCUUCAACAAUAUUGAGGUGAUUGAGGGUCUCAAUGCACUCACCAAGCUGGAGGAUUUAACAUUGUACAACAACAGAAUUGCUACACUGGAAAACAUGGACACCCUCUUAAAUCUCCAUGUCUUUUCCAUUGGAAACAACAUGCUCACAGAACUAGGCAAUUUGUUAUAUCUGAGAAGGUUUAAGGAAAUGAAAACCUUGAAUCUUGCUGGCAAUCCCUUCUGUAAGCAAAACGGCUACAAGCAGUAUGUGAUUGCCUUUCUGUCUGGUAUCGACUUCCUAGACUAUCGUUUGGUGGAUAAACAGUCGAGAGAAGAUGCUAUGGAAAAGCACAUGAUUCAAAGAGAAGAAAUGUUACACAAUGAGAAACAGGCUGAACUGAAACAGGAGGAGGAGGUCAGGAACAAACAACAACUAGAACUCCACAAGGCAGCUUAUGUGGAGCUGAUGGAUGGACCACACCUGUUUGAGAUGAUGUAUAUGGAAGAUUCGGAGGGACAGAAGUUGAGCGAGAUGCCAGGAAUCGAAGAUCUCUUACAAACUUUUAAGGAUAAAUUUGUUGCCAUCUGUCAUCAAAUGUUUGAAUACGGCUUGAAGGAACAUGAAAAACGUGACUCCGAGGUGAAACAGUUCUGGGAAUGUGUGGAGGAUGCUGAGCAGGAGAAUAAAAACUUAGGGAUGCAGGCCAUCAACAACUUCAUGGUUGUUAAAAAGAGGACAAUGCAGGAGCUAGCUCAGAUCAGUGACCAAAAAGUGCUGGAGUCUGUGGUGGCCGACUACAACAAACAAGUUUCAGAGCUGUGGGACAAACUCAUGGGACUUGAACUUCAGCUUGUCGACCAGCUAGAGGAUGUCAUCAAAGACUUUGAGCGGAGCAUGCAGGACCUGGUAGCCUCAUUCCAGGAGAACAUCCAGGCUUUCCUAGCACAGUGUCGGGAUCUGGAGACAUUCCACCAUGAGAAAAUGAUGGAAAUUGCCAUUGUCACACUGGAAAAGGUCCUCAAGAAUGAACUAGAUGACGAGAUCAAUGAGGACUUAAGAAUGCUAUUUGUGGACAAGGACACAAUCAUGAAUGCAGUUUCAUCAUCACAUGAUGUUCAUCUCCUUAAGAUAGACAACAAGGAAGACGACAUGGUGACCAGGAUCAACCAAUGGCUAAAAACGACGAUUGACAAAAUUCAUGAAGAUGAGGAAAUUUCCAGAAAUCGUAUGAGAGUUACAGAAAUUAACAAUCUUAUAGACCACUUACGAGACGAAAUAGACAAUUUGGACGUGUUACAAGCUGGAAACUACUGAGUCCUAGUUGGAAGCUGAUAAAUUUUCAUUUUGGAUUGUGACAAAAUAAUAUCUGUGCUUAAGAUGACCAUUCAACAUGUGCCACUGGACAAUUGUGGAGAACUGUGAUCGAUGUCAUUCUUAGAUGGAUAUUUUUGACUAGAUCAUAGUCAUAUAAAAGCUUUGAAGUAUCUGUGAUAAAUGUAGGUCACUCAUCAUCACCUGCAACAAUAUUUGUAUGAUAGUGAAACUUGUCUAAACUGAAAACUCUGUAUUCUGUAAGUCUGUAUAUAAUGCCCAGUACAUUCCUGUUGUGUUUGGGUUUAGUCAAGUUUUGUUGUACAAAGAUACAACUUCUAUUCAUUGUAAUAUAGACUGAUUCAUCAGAGUCAGUUACAGACCUGUCAAUCAUUACUGGCAACUACAUGUAAUAUAUUCCAUUGUCAUAUAAACAUGUACAGAAAUAAAUGAAAAGGCUACACACAUUG